AUUUCCUCUGUUUUUCCGUCUGUUAUUCCCAAAACCGAUUUGAUGAAGUCCACUCUCCUCAACUUUUCUCUCUCUACAUUUUCUUUGUGAUCGCAGAGAAUCAAUCGAAACCCUAGCCAUACUCAGACCAAGAGAAGAAGUAGAAGAAGAAGAAGAAAGUUUCUCUUUUCUCUCCCAAAAAAAAGGAGCUGAAAAAGCCAUGGCUCGAUUGAGCUUGAGCUUGAGAUUGUGUGUGAUUGUGAUAUCAGUUUUUACAGUUCCUUUGAAAGUGAUUGGGAAUUCGGAAGGGGGCGCACUCUACUCGCUCCGGCGGAGCUUGUUGGAUCCAGACAACGUGCUCCAGAGUUGGGAUCCCAACCUCGUCAAUCCUUGCACCUGGUUCCACAUCACCUGCAAUCAAGCUAACCGCGUCACUCGCGUGGAUUUGGGCAAUUCAAACUUGUCCGGUCAUCUCGUUCCUGAAAUUGGAAAGCUUGAGCAUCUGCAAUAUCUGGAGCUUUACAAAAAUAACAUUCAAGGUACAAUCCCUGUUGAGCUAGGUAACUUGAAGAGCCUAAUUAGCUUGGAUUUGUACAACAACAACAUCUCAGGGAUCAUUCCUCCUGCACUUGGGAAGUUGGAAUCUCUAGUGUUCUUACGUCUUAAUGAUAAUCAGUUAACUGGGAAAAUCCCAAGGGAGCUCACUGGUAUUUCCAGCUUGAAAGUUGUAGAUGUCUCAAACAACAACUUGUGUGGAACAAUUCCUACUACAGGUCCAUUUGAGCACAUCCCAUUAAACAACUUCGAGAACAAUCCUCGACUGGAAGGUCCAGAGUUACAGGGACUUGCAAGUUACGAUACAAACUGCUCAUGAAAAACGGGUGAUCAGACGCAGGAACUUGCAAUUGUUCUCUCGGCAUUAGUUUGGUGUUUUUCUUCCCUAAAAUGUUGGUGUUCGUUGUACUUAAAAAAGUUGUUUCAAGUCUGUUCAUGUAAGUUCGUAUGAUAUAUAGUAUUGGGCUAGGUUGUGAACACAGUUUAACAUGAUAAUUAUCUGUAAAAUCAUUACACUACCAUCAACUGUAACUGUACUUUUUUGGGUAUUGUAAGUGUAGUUUUUUUAUGAAUUAAGGAGUUUGUGCCGAUGGCGUUUUGGAACUUAAGAUUAGAAGGCUUGUAAUGAUCCUUAUGUUAAAAAAUCUACUGGCAUAGUUGGAUUUCA